CAUUGCAUGCGUGUGUUUUGAGUGAGCGUGUGCUGGAGGAGGACUUGCUCGCAGCGGGCGAGGUGGAGAGGAGCGAUUCCAACUGUGUUUCGAAGAACGGAAGCUGCUCCGGUGUGAUGCCUUCUCUCCGGAUUUUGUCGGAGUGUCCAUUUUCGUUGAUGAGGAUGGUGGCGUUUCCAAAGCGGGAGGCAAACUCCUGUCAGCCUCUUGGAUGUCGCCCCGCACAUGUUGCUGGCAAUUGAUAGUGCUCCUGGAAUUAUGGUUCGAGGACUGUGGCGUUGAAUAAAUUGAACUUUGAUUGAGUUUUGUCUCUGAACGUCCAACGUGUGCGUGAUUCCCGCGGAGCUAUGAUGUCGAAGUGAACGCUCAUGUUGCGCGCGCCGUGCACCGUCCGCACGUCUCGGGCGCCGAGUCGAAAAAACCCCAUGCGGAACCCCCCGGGAGCCGGACGGGACCGACGCCACGCAUCCGGGACCGUCUAGGUUGUCGUAUGUUCCGGCCGAGACGCUCCGGGCUCGUACGGCGACUGUGGAGAAGCCGUGCGCUCACCCAGAGCGAUGGAAGCGGCCGAGCUGAGGGAGGAUGUCCGUGUGGCUCCGGGUUGCGCCAAAAGAAACAGGGGCCGGCGGCACGCGCCGGGUGGGACCCCGCGGGGGAUGAAGGGGAUCGGGCUGACGACGACCGGGGUGCCUCGGGCCGCAGACAGGAGGCGGACAGGACGGUGACGUGUUGUCUGUUUGGGGAGUGGGAUCUCAGACCCCGGAGCCCCCACAAAGACGACGCCAGCCCCUGCGAGUGUGACCUCGUGAAUACUGCCUACGCUUUUCUCAAAAGACUGCCGGAACCAAGUCUGGAUCCGUUGCUGAAGGCUGUGGAGUCCAAAGGAGUGGUGGCGAGCCAGUGCGUCAUGGUGCCCGCCACUGAGUUGCGCUUCGGGGCUCAUCACGUCUCGCCUCAGUACCUACUGGGUCGGGUAUACCGAUGGAGCGACCUGCCGCCCUCGGCCCGCCUCAAAGUGCUGCACCACUGCCAAAGUUUGGACGGGGGAAAGGUGUGCUGCAACCCCUACCACUACAGCCGCUUGUGUGGGCCAGAGUCACCUCCUCCCCCAUACUCGGUGUCCCAUUCGGAUGAACACAAGCCACUGGACUCUACACUGUCUGACACUGAAACUCCGCCCACUAUCAUCACGCCAACCGACCACACAGAGACCGGUACCUCCCUCGGCUCCUCGACCUCCAGCGGACAUCGCUCUCACUGGUGCAGUGUUGCCUACUGGGAAGAGCGUACACGUGUGGGCCGACUUUAUCCAGCCUACGAACCCUCGCUCAGCAUUUUCUAUGACCUACCUCAGGGCACGGGUCUCUGCCUCAGCCAACUCCACACCAACACCAACCAAAAUCACCGUGACAACCAAGGCAGCCAUGGCACAUCCUUACUACCGGGCUACCCCAGCCAUGGAGGGAACAGCAGCAGCAUCCAACAGAUCCGCAGUAAAAUUGGCCACGGCAUUGUGCUGAGCCGUGAGCCGGACGGAGUGUGGGUGUACAACCGCAGCCAGCACCCGGUGUUCAUCCACUCACCCACUCUGGACCUUCUUAGCGCUCGAGGGCUGAGCGUGAAGAGGGUGAUGCCGGGCUUCUCCCUCAAGAUGUUUGACUAUGAGAGCUCCAACUGGAUGGCCGAGCAUGGCGUGAAGCCUGAAAGCCAGGAGGGGCCCUGGGAUCCCCACAGUGUUCGUAUUAGUUUUGCUAAAGGAUGGGGACCCUGCUACUCUAGACAGUUCAUCACUUCCUGUCCGUGCUGGCUGGAGGUGCUGCUUAACACCCACAGAUAGCACACAGCCUGGAUCCAAAUUGUCAUCCACCAAGAUUUAAUAUAAAGUUUAUGUAUUUUAUAAAAUAUAUUACACAUGUAAAUACUUUAUUUCGUCAUUUUACAAUGCAACUAUUUAUGUAUAGUGUAAUGUGUAUAUGGACAAAACAAAAAGGAACAAGAAUAUGCACUUUUCAUUCUUUUCAUAUGCAUUACAGAGUUUCUCAGUGUCAGUUUGCUAAUGUAAAGAUACACAGUUUAUGUCUUCAUAAUUUCACUAUUUCAAAGUACGCCUUACACACGUGUCAA